UACGUGGCCCUAUCAUAUGUCUGGGGAUCUGCUGCAAAGCAGAAUCUCACCCACAGCCGUACUCCAUACCCUGGCCACCAGCAAACGACGACGGACAUCUUCGUCGGAGCUUCGGCGGUCAUACUGGAUGCUGUCCAAGUUACGACAGCACUGGGCUACCGCUAUCUGUGGGUAGAUCGCUAUUGCAUCGACCAGUCCAACGCGGAAGACAAGCUCGGUCAAAUCAACCAGAUGGAUCUGAUUUACAGCAGGAGUGAAGUAACAAUAGUUGCAGCAGCCGGUGUCGAUGAGCACACCGGGCUCCCAGGUGUAGGCGCUCCACGGCAGUACCGACAGCUGGCCCUCUCUAUCGGACAUAUCACCAUCCUUUCCACCCCUCCUCAUCCCCAUCAGGCCAUAAAAGGUUCGAAAUGGGCAGAAAGUGACCAGGGUACUGUCUGCCGAAGUCAAACUGGACAAUCUGCUGGCUGA